AUGGCAAAGACUAGGGGAGGCCUUUCUGCAUCCCCAUCCUCGCCGAUGCCUCAACCAGUACCGUCCGCCAUCAGAGGCGCCACUUCGCCACCUGCUCAGGACUCCACCAUUCCCCCAUCUGAGGGUGGAACGCCUUCUCAGCUCCGGUAUCCCACCAGGAGGCUGCCCACUGACCCUGUGCAGCCCACCACCAAAGCCAAGAGGCCUGCUUCACUGCCACCCGCGAAGAGGGCCAAGUUCACGGGUCCUGGAGAGCCAUCCCAGCCACCUCAGGCCCAGCCACCUCAGGCAGAGCCGCCUACUAAGCCUUCUCAAAUUCCUGUGGGGGUUCUUCUCGAGACCAUCAUCAGGCAUCCUAUGAUCGUAGGGCCGCCUAUAGAGGGCAACCUGGAUUGCAGAGAUCGAUCAUUCCACUCAAAGACUUGGUUCGACAUCAAUGCUCUCAAACAGCAGCCAGAGCUCAGAGAUUCAUUCCGUUUGCUAUAA